GAAUGGACAAAAUUUGAACAAGAAGGAAAGAGACAUUAUGUAAGCUAUCGAAAGCACUCCACCUUCACUUUUUGUAGGGGUUUGCUUCUUCUUCAAUUUUUUUUUUCUUAUGUCUAUCAAACUAGUUAAUUAGGGGACUCAUUCUUGGGGUAACAAUUACAAGAAAAUGCAAUACUCUAAAGAAAAUCUCAUCUGGUUGUUCUACAAUGUCUCAAGCUCGUCCCUUAUUUUAUUCCUCUUCCUUUACUUCUCCUCCACUUUGCUGCUCAAGCUCCUCAACUUCAUUGGCAGCUACCCAAUAUUCCAAAGAAGUCAAAAUGGGUAUGAGUACAAUUUGUUCUCUGAUGAAAAGGAAGAAGUAGACAGUGAAACGUGCUACUACACCGAGCCUAGGGAAAAAGAUCACCUUGUGGCUGACAUAAUUCAUGGUAGUGAUUCGCUUGUGUUUUUGUCUAACACCAGCAUUGCUCAAAGAACCCAAAAUCAUGUUCAAGAAUUCGUAAACUCAAGACAGCCCGUUGAAGGAGAAGAUGAUGACUGUACUUUUGCUAGUGAUGAACAGUUUUAUGUUCUUGCCUCAGCAGAUUCAGAAUCUGAACAUAAUGAUGCUGAUCAUAUGGUUGAAGAAGAAGAGGAAGAAAUGACAGCUAGAGAUGCUGAUUCCGUUCAAGAUUCUGCUCCGGAUCAUGGCAGCCCCACCACAACGAUCGCCACAAACCGACAAAAAAGUGGUUUGGUGGACAGUGACGAAAACUAUGGUGCAGGCUACAUUAAUCAAGAAUUAGAGAAUAGGAAGGCGGAUAAGAAUUUUAAUGGGGAUGAAAGGUUUUUCAUUUUUGCGCCAACCCAAUUCGAGUCCAAGAAACUUCAAGUUCCGGGGAAGGAUGAUGAAGAGAUAUUUGGUGACUUGUGCACUGUGGGUUCUACGUCUAAGAGCUCCUCUGAAUGGAGAAGCUCAAUUAAGGAUUCAGGGACUGAAGACCCAUUUUCUUCUUCGUCGAGAAGAACUUGUCCCAAGUGGGAAUCCUACACAGUGUUCCAAAAGUAUGAUGAAGAGAUGAUGUUCCUAGAUAGAAUUAGUGCUCAAAAGCUUCAUGAAACAGAUUCACUCAAGUCUAUUCAAGUGUGUCCGAGAUCAAUUUCGGAUAGGAUUGUUCAUAAGAUUACAACUAUAAACAAGAAGCCUUCAGAUAUCCGCCAAAAUCCGUAUCAUGAACUAGAAGCUGCCUAUGUUGCUCAGAUUUGCUUGACAUGGGAAGCUCUUAAUUGGAACUACAAGAACUUUCAUUCUAAGAGAGCUUCGCAGCGCGAUUUUUAUCCUGGUUGUCCAGGGCAUAUUGCGCAGCAGUUUCAGCAAUUCCAAGUUCUUUUACAGCGGUAUAUAGAAAAUGAGCCUUAUGAGCAAGGCCGGAGACCUGAGGUGUAUGCCAGGAUGAGACUUUUGGCACCAAAGUUACUUCUAGUCCCAGAAUAUCGAGAUUCAGAAGAUGAUGCAAAGGAGGACGGUUUUGGCUCAAGAAUUUCGUCAGCUGCAUUUCUCAUGAUAAUGGAAGAGGGAAUCCGAACGUUCAUGAAUUUUCUCAAGGCUGAUAAGCAGAAACCAUGCCAGAUUCUAACAUCUUUCUUUAGAAGAAACCUAAGGGGAUCAGUUGAUCCUGCUUUUCUCCAGCUAAUGAAAAAAGUUAACAAAAAAAAGAAAAUGAAGCUGAGAGAUCUACGCCGGGCUCGAAAAUGCAUUACGAAAAGAAAAUUGAAGAUAGAGGAAGAGACAGAGAUAAUGAUGGGAUUAAUAGACUUGAAAGUGGUGUCAAGGGUAUUGAGAAUGAGUGAUAUAAGUGAAGAGCAAUUACAUUGGUGUGAAGAGAAGAUGAGCAAAGUGAGAGUUUUGGAUGGGAAAAUUCAAAGAGAUUCCUCUCCACUCUUCUUCCCAGCACAUUGACCCAAAGACCUACAAAAUAUCAUGUUGCUUUAUGACUAGGCACCCCUUUUGUAAAUUCCAUAAGAAAGAUAUGUAAAAAUGUGGAGGGUAGGGGGACCUACAAAUCAAAGUGAUACAUGUGGGUGACAUGGAUUCUGGAUAUGGAAUCCAUGAAAGAGGAAGAGUAAAGAGAGAGAGAUGUAUACAGUACUCACGAGGAACAUUUGAAAGUGAAAGGCCAGAGACAAAGCAAGGAACAUGCAUGGAGAUGGAGAUAAUUGUAGCUUUAAUUCACUUUAGCUAUCUUUUUAGUUAGGGUUUAUCUAUAAGGGAUUUUCAUUUUUUAGGUGAUUCGAAAUAAGAGAAGUGUAUGCAAAGCUGUCACGUACAUGUAGUUGAAUAAAAAAGAUGAUCAGUAGCAUAUGAUACACAGAUGAUUUGUAGGGUUUUCUGUGGGGUAUAGAAGAAAGAAAAACAAAUGAAUAAAUCAAAUUGAUUGUAUAUAUGUAUUGGAAAGGAUAUGUACGUAGGAGACUUUUGAGAUUUUUUUAUAUUAAUUUAUUUUAUGAAGAAAUUAAAACUAA